UUCCCAUUUUGCCCUUUAUGUUUCCCAUUAUGUCACCCAUAAAUACAAGCAAAUAAUAUUUCUCCUUUCGUCCACGUUGCCUUUCUCUUUCUCCAUCUCCAUUUCUUCAAUCUUCUUCCCUUUCUCUGUUUCUUCAAUGGAUAAUAAACCGGAAACGUCAUUAGAAACCGCGGCUCAUCAACAACCUGAACUGGAAUCCCAAACCCGUUCAUCUUCAUCAACAAUCACAACUCACCACUUAACGGUUCCACCCGGUUUAACUCCGGAAGAAUUCCAAGAGCUAAGUUCAUCCGUCGCUGAGUUCCACUCUUACCAAAUCAACCCGGGCCAAUGCUCUACCCUACUCGCGCAGCGAAUCCAAGCGCCGGCCGAUAUCGUCUGGACCGUCGUCCGCCGGUUCGAUAAGCCUCAAACGUACAAGCACUUCAUCAAGAGCUGUACGGUGGGUGAAGACUUCCGUAUGGCCGUGGGAUCCACCCGUGACGUCACCGUUAUCUCCGGUCUACCGGCCGCUACCAGUACCGAACGGCUCGAUAUAUUGGACGAUGACCGGCACGUGACCGGAUUUAGUAUCAUUGGCGGGGAACACCGGUUGAGGAAUUACCGGUCAGUUACGACGGUGCAUGGAUUCGAACGCGAUGGGGAGAUCUGGACUGUUGUUUUGGAAUCGUACGUGGUGGAUGUACCAGAAGGGAAUACGGAGGAAGAUACACGCCUUUUCGCUGAUACAGUUGUGAAAUUAAAUCUUCAGAAAUUGGCUUCCGUUACUGAAACCUUGGCACGUGAAGCUGGCGGAGGUGGAGGUGAUGGUGAUGCGAGGCACAGAUAAAAAUGUGAAUUAUCCAUACCAAGAAAAAAAGAAAUUGUUCUUUUCUCUUCUUACUUGUUCUUUUUAUUGCCAUUUGGGGUUUGACAAUGGAUUAUUAAUACGUAUAUCUUAUUACCGACCUCACUAUAUUGGAAAGUGUUACCAUUUUAGAUGGCGUAUAAAGACAAUUGAUGAUUGUCAAUUCAGUAGAGUACAUUUUAUGUCGCAUAUUUGUUUUAUAAGUUUGUUCUCUUGAAUGCAUCAUUUCUCCAGUUUUAUUUUUCCAG